AUGCUUUAUUUCCUCCUAGGAGCCCUGCUCCAUGCGCUUCCUGUAGUCGUACACGCGACGACGGAUUACCAAACUCACCCUCGCCCUCCAAGCGGGAUAUCCGGAAACCCAUUGGAUGCAUCCAACCGUACAUUCGACUACAUUAUAGUGGGUGGUGGGCUUACUGGUCUCGCGCUCGCGGGUCGAUUGUCCGAAGAUGCACGUACAACGGUGUUGGUAAUCGAGGCGGGGGGCGAUAAUCGUAAAGAUCCAAGAGUGUAUGACCUAUACAAUGCUCUGCAGGUCUAUGGGUCUGAUAUCGACUGGUCAUGGCCUGUGGACUAUGGAAAGACGACGGACGGAGGAAAGACACUCGGUGGAAGUUCGUCUAUCAACGGCGGAACAUGGACUCGCGGUGCUGCCGCACAGUAUGAUGCAUGGUCCGACCUCCUCACACCAGGCGAACGCAGUCUCGGAUGGAAUUGGAAUAAUCUUUAUUCGUACAUGAAGAAAGCUGAGCACUACCAUCCACCCAGCGCCGCCAAUCAACAGGUCGGUGCAGAUGGAGUUACCAGUUGGCAUGGUGUUCGAGGACCAGUGAAUGUGGGAUUUCCCGAGGAGAUGCUCGGGGGACCGCAGCACCCAGCAUUUAUCGCUACCAUCCAUAAUGUGACGGGAAUCCCGCAUUGCCGUGAUUUAAAUGGCGGGGAUCCAAACUGCGUCGCAUUCGUGCCCAGUUCCAUCAACCCAGACGACAGUUUUCACCGCUCGUCGUCGGCCAUGUCCUACCUCACGCCCGUCGAGAAUACUAGAACAAAUUGGUUGACGCUUCUCAAUUCGACCGUCACAAAGCUGGUUUGGAAACCUGACGGCUCCAAGACGGUGAUAGGCGUAGAGUUCCUCCAUCUCAAUAACUCUUCGACCGUGUACCGGGCCAACGUGCGAAAGGAAGUGAUCAUGGCGGCUGGAUCCAUCAACACGCCUGCAAUUCUGCAACGCUCAGGUGUUGGAGAUCGCGCACUUUUGUCUUCGCUCGGCAUCUCGACUGUGCUGAAUCUCCCAACCGUCGGCAAGAACCUCCAAGAGCAGACCCUGAUUACUCUUGGUUUUAAUAGGACGUUCCAACUUACUGGACGUCCUUGGAAUAACCUUCUCGCGUUUCCGAACCUUUCUCAACUCUUUGGAAAGGACGCGGCGGCAGUGACUACGAAGAUUCGCACCAGUCUGGACGCAUGGGCAGAAUCACAAAAGGACAAUGCACUCUCCAAGGCAGCGUUGAUGAAGAUCUUCGAGUCACAGGCGGACGUUAUCAUCAAGGGCAAGGUUCCUGUCCUUGAACUCAUAUACGGCAAUAUCGACUAUGCUCCCAUGCACGGAGCCAUAUUCUGGGGCCUUCUCCCGUUUAGUCGCGGUUCCGUCAAGAUCAAAACUGUUGAUCCUUUUGCGAAACCCAAUGUAACGAACAACUUUUUCAGCGUACCCUUUGACAUGGAGGUGGAGGUCCAAGGCGCUAGACUCGUGCGCAAACUAUUCACAACGGCACCACUAUCGAACCUCACGUCAGCCGAGUAUCUGCCUGGGCUUGCUGUCGUUCCUGAUCCAACUGGUGACGGUGGCUCCGUCCAAGCGUGGGAUCCAUGGUUGAAGGCUGCCUUUUCUUCGAAUAGCCACGCAUUGGGGACGUGCUCCAUGAUGCGCAAGGACCUUGGAGGUGUGGUCGAUGGACGUCUACGGGUCUAUGGCACCAAAAAUCUGCGAGUCACAGACGCAAGCAUCAUACCAACGCAGAUUUCCUCGCAUAUGAUGAGUACACUCUAUGGGAUUGCGGAGAAACUGGCCGACAUGAUCAAGGCUGGAGUAUAG